GUUUUACAUUCACCUUCCCUUUUUUUUGCUAAUCACUAUCUAUUCGCAGCAGUAAAUCAAGGCAUCUCUUCUUCUGAUCCAUCCAAGAUGCCAGCUCCAGUCGCAAAAGGGAUCAUAAUUACGGUUUCAGUAAUCGUUGCUGCCGGGAUUGCAAUAUAUGAGUCUCCGCAGUUUCGACAGUGGGUCAAUAACUCUCGACGGAAAGUCGCCGUUGCAUUGCACAACCUCGGCGAUGAGAUAUAUCCAAGGGAAUCAAGCCCUCUUAGGGAAGAUAUAUCCAUGUCAGAAGAGGUCAGUCCAGAUGCUGAAGAGCGGAGGAGGAUUGCUCGAGAGGAGAUUCUCCGCCGGGGAGUCGAGGCACGGCGCCGGAAGCGAGGAACCUCGAGUCUAGGCUCCUUCGAUGCUCUUGUCGACAAGGAUGGAAAUUUACGGAAGUCUGCGAUGCUUGGAGUCCCUGACGAUACGAUUGCCAGCUCUACUGCGGUUGAUGUAGCUGGGAUCCAGUCUCUGGUUGGUGAGGGAAACCCCAAGGAUACUAGCCCUGCUGUUGCCGAGACCGAAUCCCAGUACAAUCAAGAAUUGCCCGAGGCCAUCGGCAGUGAUGGACUGCAUCUGGAAAUUUCGUCAGAAAUGUCGCCCAUCAGUGGACCUCUCCUUGACUUGACACCGACUUCAGAAGCCCCUGAUCACCCGUUUUCCAUGGGGUCGAGCCAAACGGAAGACGGCCUUUCCGAAACAUAUUAUGCCCAUCCCGAUCAUACGACUACUAACAACACAAUGUCGUCGUCAAGCUCACCCUUUGCAGAUGCGCUCCAGUACGUGGCUCACCAGGAAGAUUCAUCUGCUGCCUCGACAACUGGAAGCUAUAGUCAUAUCGACGAGGCUGCCACAGACACUCUUUCAGAUGAUACCUUGAGUGAGAUUGGUGUCCCGACGGAUGGCAUUGCCACCCCGGCCAGCUGGUCAGAGGUAGGAAGUGUAAUCAGCGGUGAUGACAUGGGUCAUCAUUGAUUUUGUACCUGUUUUUUUUUUUGGUUCUUUGAUCUCUUGCUUUUAUAUACGCAGGAUUCUUUUCUUGGGGCGGCGUACUGGACGGAGUACUAACUAAUAUGCGUGUGCCCGGAAUUUCAUCACCUUUUCCUUC